AGUAACCAUAGCAGUGCCACGAGUUUAGUUUCGCAUUUUUAUAGAAGAUAUCACACAAAAUGUCUCUGGCGGCACUAGAAGAGGAAAUAAGGACUCAUAUUGAGGGAAAUAUCUACGACAAAGAACACAACCCUGAGGGUAUCAUUGUGCUGUCCCAGGCUGUUAACCGCAUUCUGGUUGAUGACGUGCUGGAGAGGCUUCACCGAGAUGAUUGCUCAAUGUUGAAGAAAAAGCACCUCUUGUAUUCCCCUUCUCAUGGUACCAAGGAGAUGCGAGAGGCUUGUGCUACAUUCCUGACACGACAGCAUUUCCCCAUGGAGGCCGUCCAUCCAGACCAUCUUAUUAUCAUGCCAGGAGUCACUGCCUGUAUGGAAAGCCUCGCACGUUCACUCUGUAACCCAGGGGAUGUGGUGCUCUCUCCAUCACCUAUAUAUCAUCGGAUAAAAACCAACUUCGAGGAUGCUGGAGCUAGAAUUGUUCACAUGGCUACCACACAGGAUAACAACUUUGAGCUAACACCAGAACAGGUGGAGGCAAGCAUAGUAGAAGUGCAGAGUGAGGGUGAGUGUGUGAGAGCCUGUGUCCUGGCCAACCCUCAGAACCCACUUGGCCAAGUGAUGACACCAAGUUUCCUCAGGGCUGUCUUAGAGAUCUGUGCUAGGUAUGAAGUCCAUGUUGUGGUAGAUGAGAUCUUUGCAUUUUCCGUCUUUGCCAGUGAUGUUACCUUUACUAGUCUCCUGGCUCUUGAAGAUCUGCCUGACCCCCAUAGGACUCAUGUGUUUUGGGGAUUCAGUAAAGAUUUCUGCAUUGCUGGGUUACGAAUGGGACUAAUUCACACUGUGAAUCCGCAGCUGUUGACUAAGCUUAAACUUCGUUCUCACUACCACUCGACAUCACAGCAAACACAGCAUGCUGUAGCCACCAUGAUCAGUGACACAGUUUGGUGUGACAACUUCCUUGACUCCAGCAGAAAGAAACUGGCUGAAGCAUAUGCAAGGGCUUGUGACAUGAUGGAGGAGCUCCAGAUCCAAGUGCUGGAGGCCAAAGGAGCCUUUUUCCUCUGGGCGAACCUCCAGCCCUUCCUCACUGAGCCUACUGUGGAAGCCGAGUAUGAAUUGUGCCGGGCCUUCCUGUAUGCUGGAGUGAGUAUCAUCCCAGGUACCAAGUUCCACUGCUCUGAGCCAGGGUGGUUUAGGAUCCUCUUCUCUGUACCUGAAGAAGAAUUGCAAGAAGGUCUGAGAAGGUUAGGAGCAGUCAUCAAUAACCGAAGGUGAUAAUAAGAAUCCAGUUGGAAAGAAGAACAGGGAAAUAAAAGGCAAAUAUUUUGGAUUUACUUUCUGUGAAGAUUGGUUUGUGAAUGUGGUGUUUCAUGUCUUUUUAUUUGUUUUAAUGGAUGGAUGUUGAAAAAAUGACAUAUGUUACUUGUACUCUGGCUAUUAUUAGUUUUUAUCACAUUUUUGUAUAUAUAAUUUUGAAAGGAAUGCAUGUGUUUUCAUUAUUUUUCUGUGAUACUAGUAUUUAUGUAUUUCCUGUGCUUUGUGUCACAGUAAACUACUGUUAUUAACUCUGUGAAUAUUAAACUAUUGAUUAAAGAUGUGAUUGAUAAUAUUUUUUUCUUAGUUAGGAACUAUGUAAGUAUUUUCUGCAAUACCUUGUUUUCAUUAAAACAGAGAUUGAAGAUACCAGUGAAUCUUUUGAGUGUAGCCAUGGAAUAAUACUUUUCCAUGCAAGUCCAUUUUCAUAUGAAAAU